AUGUCGUCCCCUCAAUUUAGUAAAUAUCAUCACCACCACCACCACUCCCGUGCCACACCUCUCUAUUACCUGAUUGUGGUUAUCUUUUUGGUCAUUCUUUACACCGUUGGUCUCAUCAUGUGGAUUCGAGAUUACAACAACAACAACAAUUUGCACACCAAUAGUCUCUCCGAGUCUUUAUCUAUUGUUCAUGAAAACAACUCCUCUAAAUUAUUAUCAUGGUUCAAACGACAUCAUGUCCGAAUUGAUCAAUUAUACAAUCGAUACGAACCUCCUCCAAUUCCAACCCUCUUUCAUUCCUUCAAAUAUUCGACCUCUUUACAAAAUUCCGAACAUGAUGAUCCCAAUGGUGUGCCCAACACACAGAGCUUUUUCAGAGCCUUCACUUCUCUCUUUCACUCUUCCAAAGUUCCUCUUCAAUCUCAUUAUCAAUGUGUUUCACAUAAAGAAUGGAAUCGUGAAAGACAGAAUAUUCCAUAUACGAGUUGUCGAUUUGAGAAUAUUUGUAUCAAUCGGAGAGGAGAAUGGAUUCUUUACACCAAUUCCAAGCAUGCUCAUGCCAUGAAUAACACUUUUUGGGUGCACACAGGUGCCUAUUUUGCCAUUUCACUUAAAAUUCGAGUGGAAAGACCUCCCACACGUAUUGUGAACCAUCAAGGAAAAGUAGUAUUUUCGUUCACCGGUGAUCAUGCGUCCUCCAACAAUCAUGAUGAGGAUCAUGAUCACUACUGGAUGGUUCUUUCUGAACGAUUUAAAUGGGUUUCAGAUCCAACAUUGGUCUUCACACGACAUGCCAUGGCCAAUUUAGGACAUGCUUGGUUAGAUAAUUAUUUACCUUUAUUCAAUUUGAUGAUGAUCUUUGAGUAUGUCAAUCGAGAAAAUCAUAUUCUCUAUUUGGAUUUUGAACAACCUCAUGUGGAUCAAAUUGCUUCGAUCUUUUCCAAUAAGGAACCUCUUCAACAAUGUGUGAAUGAAUUUGGAACCUUUAUUGCAAAAGCACCUUGUCGAUAUUCUCCUCCUUUGGAUGCUGAAUUGGAACGAAAUGGAACUCAAAUUGAUACUUGUUUUUCAGCCGUACUGACUGGAAAUACUGGAUCGUUUUUUAAACACAUGGGUCGAAGAGAUCAUAUUUUACCUGCCUUUCGAAAUUAUUUACUCAACAAACUACAAAUUCCAUAUUCCAAAUUUAAAGAGCGUCAUAAAACUUUGGUCAUUGCUGUUCAAAACAAACCUUUACAUUCGAGCAAUAAGGAUGCAAUUAUUAAUGUGGAUCAGAUUGUGAAUUAUUUAACACAAAUGAAAGAACAAAUAUUGGAACAAGUGAAUGAAAGGAAUGUUCAGUUUGCUUAUGAGAAGAUUGAGAUUGUGAAUUUAAGGUUAGAGACCAUGUCUGUUGCUCAACAGAUUGAAUUUUUCACUACUUUAAAUGUUUAUGUGACCACACAAGGGUCAGCAUCGUACAUGUCACUCUUCAUGUAUAAUCCAAAUGCAGUGAUGAUUUAUGUACCAUUUUGUUUGAAAGAAUCACUCAUGUGCUCGGAUUUUAAUUUACACGUUCAUGAAACCUUUUCGAAUAUUCGAAUUGUUUCUCUUAUGAAUCAUCUCCAUUUAGUUCAGUGUGUCAUUGAGAAUUCAGAUCAAGGAUUUCCUGUAAAACCUCUCAAUGUCACCCCUAUUGAUUUCAAAGGAGAUUGUCAUGAAAAAGUUGAUCCUGAAGGACUGAAAGACCUUAUUGUCAAGUCUCUUCGAAGAGAAUUAUAG